AUGCUGGGUUUUCUCAUAUUGACCCUAAUCGUGGGCUUUAUUUUCUACGAAAUGUACUGGAAAAGAAGGCAUUUACCGCCAGGUCCCAUACCACUUCCACUAGCCGGGAAUAUCAUCUCAGUCUCCGUCCUACAUCCACCCGGAUAUGAUGCGUUUAUCAAUUGGAAAAAAGAAUUUGGACCUGUGUUUACAUAUUGGAUGGGUCCAUUCCCAACAGUGAUCAUCGCCGACUAUGAAACAAUCAAAGAAACGAUUAUCAAAGAUGGAGAGAAAUACACGGAUCGUUUCACUACAGAAGCCACUCACCAAAUUAGAGGUGGUGAUUUUGGUAUUCUUGAGACAUCCGGGGACAAUUGGAGAGAAAUGAGACGUUUCACGCUGCACACAUUGAGAGAUUUCGGGAUGGGCAAAAAUUUGAUGGAGGAAAAGGUGAUGAGUGAAGUGACGUCUUUAAUGGAUCGUUUCACUCUUUUGAAAGAAACUGCUCCUCAAUGGGAGUUUGAUGUGGCCGUUGGAUCAAUCAUCAACAAUCUUCUUUUUGGAUAUCGAUAUGAGGAGGAUAAACAAGCCGAGUUUCGCGAGUUAAAGAACUUGUUGAGUGAUCACAUGAAGAACAUUGCGACAUUCUCGGUGGGGAUGGCCUUCACACAGCCGUGGACACGGAUCAUUCCAAUGUUUAAUGGUUUG